GGUUGUGGCCACUGUGGGGGCAGCCGGUGUGCCCGGCCCUAAGGAAGGGUGGUUAGAGCCCGUGUGUGGGCAGGAGUGCCUCGACGGGCAGAGCUAAGGACAGGCAGAGCUCCCAGAGUUGUUGACAAGUGGGAGGUGACCGUGUCUCUUUCGGGGUGUCCCCAUCCCUGCGGACUGGUUCAGGCUGCGUGCGCAGCUUGAGCCCCCAGAGGAUGGAUGUGCCCUGUGCUGGCUUGGUUUCUUCCGAGGCUGGGGAUCUUGGUUGUUGGGCAGCCCACCGUUUUUGGCAGCUCUAUGGCCAGUUGUGAUGUGCACCCACUUGGGUAGCUUGAGAGGUGCAGGCACUCAAGAGCCACUGGCUGGUCACUCUGGCAUAACUUGUCAUCCACGGUACCAGUUUUUAAUGAGAUAGGAGCAUGUGCCAUGUCUGCAGAACCAGACUGAGGCAGACUGUUAAAACUGUAAAAUGGCUAUUCUGCAGAGGUGACUCUUGUGUCUAUUGGCCUGGUUUGAGCAGAGGGUGAAUUAGAGGUUUUAUGUCUGUUACCAGUUUUAAGUAAUCGCUCCUUGUUCUCUGCCUGACUUUGCUUUUUGGACAUGAAUGUGAUAUCUAGAGGUCACAAAAUAUAAAUCAGAUGCCAUUCUCCCAGUAAUUGUGACAUUCAGCUUCCAACCUGGUCUGUGUUUACAAUACUUUAAUCACAAUGUCUUUGACUACAAGGAGUGAGACUUUAUUUUCUGGAUGGGAAGGAAAAAGCUGUGGUCUGAUUUGUCUUUUUGAACUGGCUUUUAAAUCCUGGUUAUUGCUGUCAAUGUGUAUUGAUCAUUGUAUCAUCACAGCAUGAGUGGUUGCACUGCUUUAUGUUUAACUUCCUAAGGCAGAGAUUUUAUGUGUCAGUAUCUGAUUCUGAGUUUGUUUACUCAACCCUCCCUCACCACAGUACGGUCAGUAAUCAGGAAUGCUCUUGCUUUUGUUUCUUUUCCCCUCCCCCCCUCUGUUCCCUGCUCCCCAGAAUGAAUGAAAUGAACUUGAGUCCUGUGGGGAUGGACCAGCUGACCUCAUCCUCUGUGAGCAAUGCCCUGCCAGUCUCCGGGGGUCACUUGGGAUUGGCAGCCUCACCCACUCACAACGCCAUACCCGCACCAGGCUUGCCUGUUGCAAUUCCAAACUUGGGCCCCUCCUUGAGUUCCUUGCCCUCUGCUCUGUCUCUGAUGCUCCCAAUGGGUAUUGGGGAUCGAGGAGUGAUGUGUGGUAUACCAGAGAGAAACUACACCCUACCUCCACCACCAUACCCUCACCUGGAGAGCAGCUAUUUCAGACACAUUCUACCUGGUAUCUUAUCUUACUUGGCUGACAGACCUCCACCUCAGUACAUCCAUCCCAACACUAUAAAUGUUGACAGCAAUCCGGCAUUGUCAGUCUCCAGCAAUCCCUCUGCCCUCGAUCCCUACCAGCCCAGUGGAACUGUAGGGCUGGAACCAGGGAUUGUCUCCAUGGACUCCCGCACAGUGAACACGCAUGGCGCUCAAAAUCUUCAUCCUAGUGAUAGCCACGAGGUAGCACUGGAUACUACAAUCACUAUGGAGAGUGUUUCAAGGGUAACCAGCCCCAUCUCUCCAGACGGGAUGACAGAAGAGCUUACGAUGGAUGAUGUAGCCGGGGAUCAUUCGCAGAUCCCAAAUGGCUCCCGGAGCCAUGAACCUUUAUCUGUAGACACAGUGGGAGGUAACUUGGCAUCGGACGCUGUGGGACACGGCGGUGUCAUUCCCAUUCACGGUAGCACUUUGGAACUCCCUGUCGUCAUGGAGCCCGACCACAUGGCUGGGCGGGUGACAGGAAUAUCAGACAACACGCUAAAUGACUCCAUUCAUACUGUGGCCAUGAGCACCAACUCUGUGAGUGUGGCGCUCUCUACCUCACACAACCUCGCUUCCCUGGACUCGGUAGCCUUGCACGAAGUGGGCCUCAGCCUCGAGCCGGUGGCGGUGUCUUCCAUAAAUCAGGAAGUAGCCAUGGGGCCAAGUCACGUGGACGUGUCUGCAGACAAUCUUGCCUUCGUACCAUCCUCUCUGCAAAUGGAAGACUCCAAUUCAAACAAGGAGAACAUGGCAACCUUGUUCACCAUCUGGUGCACACUGUGUGACAAGGCAUAUCCAUCAGACUGCCCAGAUCAUGGCCCCGUCACCUUUGUCCCUGACACCCCGAUAGAGAGCCGAGCCAGGCUUUCUCUCCCUAAGCAGCUUGUCCUCCGGCAGUCUAUCAUGGGAGCUGAAGCGGGUGUGUGGACACGAGAAACCAUUCCUGUAAGGACUUGUUUUGGACCUUUGAUCGGGCAGCAGAGCCAUUCUCUGGAGGUGGCCGACUGGACAGACAAAGCAGCCAGUCACAUCUGGAAGAUCUAUCACAGUGGUGUCCUGGAGUUCUGCAUCAUUACAACUGAUGAAAAUGAAUGCAAUUGGAUGAUGUUUGUACGUAAAGCCAGGAACCGGGAAGAGCAGAACCUGGUAGCUUAUCCUCACGAUGGAAAAAUUUACUUUUGCACCUCUCGGGACAUCCCACCUGAACACGAGCUCCUCUUUUAUUACAGUCGGGACUAUGCUCGACAGCUUGGUGUCCCCGAACAUCCGGACGUGCACAUCUGCCACUGCGGAAAGGAAUGCGCUUCCUAUGCGGACUUCAAGGCCCAUUUGAGCAGCCAUAUUCAUAACCACCUCCCCAGCCAGGGGCACAGCAGCAGCCAUGGGCCAGGCCAUGGCAAGGAAAGGAAAUGGAAGUGCUCCAUGUGCCCCCAGGCUUUCAUCUCCCCUUCCAAGCUCCACGUCCACUUCAUGGGGCACAUGGGCAUGAAGCCGCAUAAGUGCGAUUUCUGUAGCAAAGCUUUCAGUGAUCCUAGCAACUUACGGACACACCUCAAGAUACACACAGGAGAGGUGGCCUCUGAUAUCAGCCCUCUGAUAAUUUUCAUGGCUCUCCUCUGGACCUGCCCUAACAAGUCCAAGUCUUGUUCGGAGGACCCCAGAACUGGAUGCACUACUCCAGGCCAGAAGAAUUACCGCUGUACCCUCUGUGACAAAUCAUUCACUCAGAAGGCUCACCUGGAAUCACACAUGGUCAUCCACACAGGGGAGAAGAAUCUGAAGUGUGACUACUGUGAAAAGCUGUUCAUGCGGAGGCAGGACCUCAAGCAGCAUGUACUCACUCAUACGCAAGAACGGCAGAUCAAGUGCCCCAAGUGUGACAAGCUGUUUCUGAGGACAAAUCACCUGAAGAAGCAUCUCAAUUCACAUGAAGGAAAGAGGGACUAUGUCUGUGAAAAAUGCUCCAAGGCUUAUCUAACCAAGUAUCAUCUCACUCGCCACUUAAAAAUAUGUAAAGGCCCCACAUCCAGCCUGUCAGCCCCAGAGGAGGAAGAAGAGGAUGAGUCAGAGGAGGAAUUAAUAGACUCUGUGAGGACUGAAGACUGUAGGAUUAACAAUGGAGUCUACUCAACAGGUGAUGCCCUCUCUGGACACAAAUGAAGAAAAGAGAGGGGGAUAUUUUCUUGGAUGCUGUAACUAGAGAAGGAAAAAAAAAACAACAACCCUCUUCCUUGUUUCCCCAGUCAACAGCACAUGUCAAAUGAGGCGUUUUCCUUCUGUCUUAAGUCUCCACACUACCAACUGCUUCAUAAACUGUACCCAGAGCUCACUGAAUGAGAAUGGAUCUUGCACAUGCAAGUGAAGAGUUGCUAAGAAGGAAAUGCAAGGCAAGGACAUUUUUUUCACACUGUGCAUACUUCCUUUUCCAAAUCACUCAGAUUAAUCCAUCCUGUGCAGAGAUAUAUGACACACCUUGCAUAGCCCUAUGAGUAAAGAGCCACAAACCAGAAAUGUAGUCAAGCGACUGCAGGGACCUGUAAGCCCAUUAUCCUUAACUGGCAAAGCCAUGACAAUAAGAAAAACAAGAUGGUGGUGGCAGCUGAUGUAUUUUGCUUUUUAACACUUCCUAACCGAAGGAUGUGGUUUGACCCAGAGCAAAAAUUUGUCAAUGCUCAAGUUUCCUUCUAAAAAAAAUAAAUAGCAGCUUCGGUUUUAGGUAACCAAAAAAGCCAAUGAAAUCAGCAUUUACAGACAACGCACUUACCCCACUACAGAAAAUCACGUGGCUUUUCGAGAAUAGUUACUGCCUCUUCCCUGUCUAGAUCACUAGUACAUGUAAGCAGGUGAAGAGGUAAAGACUGUAUAGACUCAAUAAGGAAGAGGCUUGCAGAUGGUCAGACAGUGUUUACAGUAUAUAUUCUUGUGCUGUAAACCUUUUACCACCUAGAAUGAUGGGAGGGUUUGCUGCUAUUAUUUAUGGAAUUAAGAUUAUGUAUUUCAUUUGGUUGUUUUCUUUUGAAAAAAAUUAAAAAUGUGGCUCUUUUCUAA